AUGGCUUUAUUUGGAGAACUGUAUGAGUGCGAAGAAUUUUUUAACGAAGAGACAUUUAACAUAAAAGAAGGUGAAUUUUAUAAUUAUGAUGAUUAUAGGGAUUUAGAAGAAUCGUUUGAUUACUCAGCACACCCCGAGUAUGUUGAAUCUAACGAUGUAACUUUAAUAAAUAAGAAUAAUGAUGAUUAUGAUGAUGAUAAUAAGAGUUAUAUUAAAAAUAUUGAAAUAGACAUAAAAGAAAAUUUUGAUAAGAUAUCAACAAGAUAUUUAUUUUUAUAUAUUAAUAAGUAUAAAGAAAUGUAUAUAAAAAAUAUGAAAGGAUUAUACGAGGUCCAUUUUUAUGAUAUACAUUUGAAGGGUGAUAAAAAAUCAAUCCUUGCAACUGAUCAUAAUAUUAUAGAAUAUUGUAUGGAAAAUUUAAUGAAUAUAAAUAAUAAUCCAGAUGAUAAUAAUAAUGAUACUAAUAAUAAAAGUGUACAUAGUAGUGACAAUAUGCAUAUUAAUAAGGACGAACGUUAUAAUAUUUAUAGAGAUAAAAAAAAAAAAAAAAAAAAAAAAAGAGUAUACGACCUUUUUUGUAUCUAUGCAAUAAUAUUAAAAUAUUUCCCUUAUAGUUUUAAAUUAUGGUAUCAUUAUAUUAAAGAUAGCAUAGAAAUGAUAACAGAUGUAUAUUAUAGAAAUAAAAAAAAUUAUAAAUAUAUAAAUAAAAUAUUUGAUCAAUGUUUAUUAUAUAUGUAUAAUUUUAAAUCAAUAUAUAUUAUGUAUAUUCAAUUUUUAUAUAUUCAAAGGGAUGUAAAAAAAAUCCGUCAGAUAUUUAAUCUGUCUUUACAGAAUGUUUAUUUGAACCAACAAAAUGAUUUAUGGGAAUGUCAACUAUUAUUUAAUGAGAAGAUAAAUAAUAAAGUUAUAAAUUAUGAAUAUAUUAAAAGAUAUGUUACCAUUUAUCCCGAACAAAUCAUACAUUUAUUUAAGCAUUAUGUAAAAUAUAAAAUGUAUAAAAAUGCUAUGAUCACCUUCUUUUAUAUCCUAAAUAGUGAAGAUAAUUUUGACCUCGGGAAUUUUUCAAAAUAUGAUAUUUAUCAAGAGAUAUACAAACUUCUAAAUUCUAAAGGAUCCUUAAAUAAUGAUAUUAUACAUUUGUUGAGGAACAAUUUAUAUAUAUUUAAAAAUUAUGAAAGCAUAACAUCCAUAUAUAUAUUAUUAGCCAAUAAUUUUAUAUAUGAUGGGAGAUGGAAUAAAGCUAUGGAUUCUUAUGAAGAGGGGAUAUCAGAAUGUUACACCGUUAAUGAUUUUAUAACUUUAUUUGAUAAUUAUAUUGAAAUGUUGAAGAUGUUAAUAGAUCUAAAUAUAUAUGAACAAGAGGAGAGAGAAAAGGAUAUUCUAAAGAAGACAUUAAAAAGGAAAAAAGGAAAAAAAAAAAAAAAAAAAAAAAAAAAAAAAAAAAAAAAAAAAUAUGAUAAAGAGGAAAAUAUAUUAUCUGAUGAGGAUGAUGAUGAUGAUGAUAAUGAUGAUGAUAAUGAUGAUGAUAAUGAUGAUGAUAAUGAUAAUGAUAAUGAUAAUGAUGAUGAUAAUAAUAAUAAUAAUAAUAAUAAUAAUAAUAAUAAUAAUAACAGUGUUGAUAUAGAUACCAAUUUAAUUAUAGAUUUAUAUAUGGAUAAAAUAAAUUACCUAUUAGAUCAACGUAAAACAUAUAUAGCAGAUAUAAAAUUAAAAAAUAAUAAAAAUAAUGUUUAUAUAUGGUUAAGUAAAAUAGAUUCUAUUAUCAACGAAGAAGAGAAAAUACAUUUAUAUGAUGAGUCUUUAAGAUAUUUUGAAAAGAAUGAUUACACAGGAAAAUUAAGUGAUAUAUAUAUUAGUUAUGCUUAUUAUUAUUAUAAUAAAAAUGAAUAUACGAAUUGUAUAAAUAUUUUUAAAUUAGCUUUAAAACAAAAUGCAUAUUUUAAAAGUGCUAAUGAAAUAGCAAAUAUAUUUUGUGCAUGGAUAGAAAUAGAAUUGUUAGAAAGAAAUUAUAAGGAGGCAUUAAAUAUAGCUAGACUAUCCAUAGAUAUAAAUAAAAAAUCUUAUAAUACAUUAUAUAAAUCAUCAACUUCUAUAUUACUAUAUGAAGAUAUAUCAUUAAAUAAUAACCUUAAAAAUAAAAAUAAUUAUCAUACUAAUUUUAAUUUAUUAAGUUGUAUGAAAUUAGUAUCUCUAAUUAUAGAUAUGGAAAUGAAUUAUGGAACAAUAGAAACGACAUUAAAUAUGUUUGAUUUCUUUUAUCAUUCAAAAUGUAUAAAUGUAAAAAUGGUAUUAACCUUAGCUACCUAUUUAUAUGAAAAAAAAUAUUUUAAUGAAUCUUUUAAAGUAUAUGAAAAAGCAUUAUCUGUUUUUCAUUAUCCAUAUGUAUAUCCUAUAUAUGUUAAUUAUAUUAAUAAAUAUAUUCAAAGAUAUAAAGAUAAAAAUAUAUCAUAUGUAAGAGACUUAUUCAAGCAAGCGAUAUAUGGUAAUGAUAAUAAAACAUUUAUACCAAAGGAAUUCGCCAAACAUAUAUUCUUAAUGUAUGCUAACUUUGAAAGUAACUAUGGAUUUAUUAAAAAAGAACUCUCUAUAUAUAAAGAGGCUAUACCUUUCUUGGAAGAGCCAGACAAAAUUAAAUUUUAUAAAAUUUUUAUCUCCAAGGUAUCUAGAGCAUAUGGAAUUCAAAAGGCUAGAGAAGCCUUCGAAGAAGCAAUCCAAACUCUAUCAGAUGAUAGUGCUCGACAAUUAUGUAUGAUAUACAUUGAUAUGGAAUAUAAGUUAAAUGAAUAUGAGCGUGUAAGGGCCUUAUAUAUAUAUACAGCCCAAUACACAAACCCUUUAUUAUACAUGGAUUUCUACAAGGAUUGGAGAGAAUUUGAAGCCUUGCAUGGAAACGAAAACACCUUUCGAGAAAUGAUAAGAAUAAAGAGGAGCGUUUUAAAUAUAUUUUCGAAUUCUCGUAACAAUAUGGAAGAUGAAAAACAACAAAAAGCUAAUAUGGAUGCAUUGGAAAAUACGAAAAGAAAAUUAAAAGAGAUAAUUGAAAAAGAAGAGGAGCAUCAAAAAAAACUUAAAAGAAGUGAAUUGUAUAAUUAUUAG